GCCCGAGCCUUUGCUUGAGUGUCGACCACAUCUUGCAAAGCUACUCAUCCUAUACUUCUUUUUGUUUCACUAUACACUAUGCUGCGUGCUGCUAUACGUUCAUCUUUGCCUGCUCUCCGACCUGCCUUCUCACAGGGGUCGCCCUCUCUGCUCUUCAGGCGGCUCCUGUCUGAGCAAGCCCGCUCUCAGAUUCAGUCUGCAGUUACCGCUUCACCAGUCGUCCUUUUCAUGAAAGGCAACCCCCAAAUUCCGCAAUGUGGUUUCUCCCGCGCUGUUGUCCAGAUACUUGACCUACACCAAGUAUCUCCCGAGAAAAUGAAGACGUAUGAUGUAUUGGAAGAUUCGGAGCUAAGGAGUGGAAUUAAGGAGUUCUCGGAAUGGCCCACUAUCCCCCAAUUGUACGUCAACGGCGAAUUCGUCGGUGGAUGUGAUAUUCUCAUGAGUAUGCACCAAUCCGGUGAACUCGAGCAGCUACUAGAACGACAUGGCGUAAUUCCAAAACUAGCAGCGGAGGAACCACAAUCCGCGCAGUCGUAAAAAGAUAUCAGGCAUUACUAUUCUCUACUACAACCUCCAUAGAAUUCAUCACGACCUCCCACCUCAUUUUAGUUGCGUUGAAAUAUAUGUAUCAAUAUGUUCUGCCUUGCCAUUCUAGUGUUCCCGCUAAGUGGGGUAUGACUACCGUUGGGCUGAACGUGCUUGCCAAGUAGACUAUGUUGUGUUCGCGACCUUGUCAAAGGAUUGAAAUGAAUUUGUACAAAGAUGAAACGAAA